CACUCACCCACCAAUAAUUCAUGUUCAAACCGUCGUUUCUUGACUUUAUUUAUCAAAAGCAAACCCAUUAAUUCCUCCCACAAAUACAUAAGCACUUCCCAAUUCCAACACGUAUCAUCUCAUAUCCAUAACCAUCUUAUACACCUUUUUCCUCAUCCUCUUCAACCUCCUCCAUGAUGAAAACCACUGAAAUAGAGUCACUAAUUCCUAAACCAACUAGGUUCUUACGGAGGCGGCGAUACCAACGUCUCGACGCUGAUGGUGCCGCCUCCGGUGACGGGAAGAAGACGAAGGUUAUAAGGUUGAGAAGAAGGCAGUGGAGGAUAAGAGUAGUUCCGAGGUUGACUUGGGCUAUUAGAUCACCGUUGAAGAUAUGGACAAAGGUUAAGAACACUUAUGAGAAGUUUAUGUUGAGGUCAGUGAACACUGAGACAACGUUGGGGAAUCAAAAGACACGUGAUGUUUCUAAGGAUUAUUCAAGGGAUGCUUUUGAGGCUAGGCUUAUAUUUGAGAUCUCUAAAGCUUUGGUUGCUUCUCAUGAACUAAACUCCAAGUAAUAGUUAAUUAAUUCCUUCUUAAAUUUUCAUGUACUUUUUCUUAGAAAAACUUUUUCUUGAAAAUAUUUUGCAUCUUGUAAUGAAUUCAGUGCUCCUGUUUGGUAGCAUAUAUAGGAGUUCAAUUCAGUGUAUUUUCAUCUAGUAAAGAUCAAUAGAAAUUAUUGAGUA